AUGUCGGAUAGACGACCCUCGUCGGGGUUUUCGACGAAAUUCGAGGAAUUUCAAGGUGAAUUUGACUCGCACGAAGCGCUCUACAAGUAUUCCAUCGGACAAACGGAUGAGUUCUGGGGCCGCUGUGCUAUGUCACGCCUAAGCUGGACGCAGCCGCCAAAAACGAUCAAUGCUUCCGACGUGAAUUCGGGCGAAAUCAAGUGGUUCCAAGAUGGAAAGCUCAACGUCUGCUACAACUGCGUCGACCGCCACCUUCCAAAUCACGCUGACAAGCCUGCGCUGAUCUGGGAACGGGACGAUUCAUCCAAGAGCCGAAAAGUCUCCUACCGUGAAUUGCACGAGUACAUUUGCAAGUUUGCCAAUGUGCUAAAAGCGCACGGCGUCCAAAAGGGCGAUCGCGUUGCUAUUUACCUGCCCGUUGGUCUUCAAGGCGCCGCGGCCAUGCUCGCCUGCGCUAGAAUCGGAGCUGUCCAUUCCGUCAUCUUCACUGGUUUUUCCGCCGAAGCGCUCGCCCAUCGAAUUGAUGAUGCCGAUUGCAAACUCCUUCUCGCCCAGGACUACACGGACCGCGGCGGCAAGACCAUCAACCUCAAGCAAAUCGUUAUCGACGCUGCCAACAAAUCUCAAAGUCUGCGAAAAACGCUCGUCUAUUCCGAGGCCGGGAAUCGAGAUGGCUGGUUGGAGUCAUUUGAAGAUUUGAGUUCUCAAAUCGACGCUGCGAGUUCCGACUGCCAAAUCGUCGAAGUCAGCGCUGAGGAUCCACUGUUUUUGCUCUACACUUCUGGAAGCACUGGCAAGCCAAAGGGACUCGUCCACACUUCUGCCGGCUAUCUCCUUUAUGCUCAAAUGACGGUCAAGCAUGUAUUUGACUUUGAACCUUCUGACAUCUUCGCCUGCGUCGCCGAUAUUGGCUGGAUUACCGGACACACCUACGUCGUUUAUGGACCUCUGGCUAAUGGUGGAACAACGCUGUGCUUCGAUUCUCAUCCAUUAUAUCCCAAUGCCGGCAGAUAUUGGGAAACAGUGGCAAGAUACCACGUAACUCAAUUUUAUGGUGCACCGACUGCAUACCGAAUGUUGUUGCGAUUAGGAAAUGAAUUCGUCAAGAGCCACGAUCUCUCUUCGCUCCGAGUUAUCGGCUCUGUUGGAGAACCCAUCAACGUCGCUGCAUGGACCUGGUUGCAUCAAGUUGUCGGCAAUGGAAAAUGUGACAUUGUCGAUACUUGGUGGCAAACAGAAACGGGUGGGAAUCUUCUAACGCCGAGGCCGAGCAACCAAGGAGCGGAAAUCAAGCCUGGAAUGGCGAUGCGACAAUUUUAUGGAAUCGAAGUCGCCAUCUGUGACCCUGGAACGGGCAAAGAAAUCGCUUGGGAAUCCGGAAAGAAGAUCGAAGGCGCUCUUUGCUUCAAGAAACCAUGGCCGGGAAUGGCGAGAACAAUUUAUGGCAAUCAUAAGCGCUUCUUGGAAACUUACUACAACCCAUACCCUGGAAUGUAUUUCUCCGGCGACGGAGCUGUCCGAGACGAAGACGGAUAUGUAACGAUUACCGGUAGAAUGGAUGAUGUUAUCAAUAUCUCUGGCCAUCGUCUUGGAACUGCCGAGAUUGAAGAUGUCCUGAACUCGCACGAGUCCGUAUCGGAGACCGCCGUCAUCGGCAUCCCCCACGAGAUCAAAGGCGAGUCCGCAGUCGCUUUCUCCAUUCUCAAGGACCAAGUCGAUCUCAAACAAGAAAACGUUCGAUCAGAGCUGAUUCAACUCGUCCGCGGACGUCUUGCCAAGUUCGCUGCUCCGGAGAAGAUCUACUUCGUCAAUGGAUUGCCCAAGACUCGAUCGGGAAAGAUCAUGAGACGAAUUUUGAGAAAAAUCUCGGCUGGACAAAUUGACGAGAUCGGAGAUGUAACGACUUUGGCUGAUCCACCUGUUGUUCAGCAUAUCAUUGAGAAAGUUGUCGGCGCCAAACCCGCAAAUGGACACUCUCUCAAUGGAAACGGAGCUGCCUAA